AUGUACUCACAACUGCUUUGUGGGAUCUAUCAAAAUGACACUGUUGUUCGAGUUGGAACAAUUUUUUGCUACGGUUUGAUUUUAGUUAUAAGGUUUCUAGAAGAACACUGGACCCUUCUCUGCAACGAUAUUCGAACAGGAACGAUAAACAAGCGAAUUAGUGAUCCAUUGGUUCGGCAAGGGAUCAUGAGGGCCAUAUUACUUAAUCCGAACCCUGUAUUGGCAGACUUCAUCGAAAUGCAAUGUAAUACGGAUAACUCAUCAUCGUGGAAAGGGAUUAUACCUAGGUUAUGGCCUAACACAAAGUAUAUAGAGACUAUAGUAACUGGGAGCAAUUCUAAGUAUAUUUCAGCUCUUGAUUAUUACAGCAACGGCCUUCCAAUUGUUUCUGCUAGGUAUUGUUCAAGUGAGGGUCACUUUAGUUUAAAUUUGAAUCCUCUAUGUAAACCUAAUGAAAUAUCUUAUACCCUCAUCCCUACCAUGGCUUAUUUCGAGUUCUUGCCUGUCGAAAAAAAUGACAUAUGGGUAAACAAUAGUCCAAACAGUGUCGGCGAUGAGCAUAGAGAAAAGGCACAGGAAGAGUUAGUUCAUCUCGUCGAUGUUAAGCUGGGACAAGAGUAUGAACUAGUUGUAACCACUAUUGCUGGCCACUACGUGUUAUACUGGGAGCUUCACUCUAUCGGAAAUAGCCAUGCAGCAACCCAAAAUGAUAUCCCAUCAUCGGUGUUUGAAGAUUGUUGUAUGACAAUUGAAGAGUCCCUAAACUAUGUAUACCGUGCACACCAUUUUGCUGGAGCAAUAGGCGCUUUAGAGAUUAAAGCAGUCAAACAAGGGAGUUUUAGGAAGAUGAUGGAACACGCCAAGAGUAUAGGUACUUCAAUAAGCCAGUACAAGACUCCCGGAUGCUUGAAAUCAAUUUCCAUGGUUGAUCUAAUGAACUCCAUGGUUGUUAUCAAUUACUUCAGUCCCAAAUGCCCAUAUUGGGUUUCUGGCAACAAUCUAAACUCAGAAUGA